AUGGAGCCAAAAGCUGAUCAUCAAAAGCCACCAAAGAUGAUGAUGCUUAACAAACUCCCUGAUAAACUUCCUGAGUUGGACGUUGAAAUCAUAAAGAAGAACUCAGCAAUGCUGUCACCAACGUCUCAGAGCUCAAACAUGAAAAAAUCACCUGGGAGGAUGAAUUGUCUAUGCUCACCCACCACACAUGUCGGUUCCUUUAGAUGUCGCCACCAUCGAUCUUCUUCUGGAAUGCGUAGAGGAAAAUCGAUCGGUUCCAACCUCGCAGAAUUGGGUUCAAAAGCUGGUCCAAUAAGUGACUCACUCAAUGCUCAAUAG